AUGCAAUGUACAGACUCUUUUAAUAGUACUAGUUCACUUGUUUACCAUGAUAAUAUUCUACUUUUAAGUGGUAUAUUGACUGACAGACUAUGGUGGCUAAAUUUAUCGUCUUUUGUGUGGUAUGAGGAACUCUGUUCAGGUGAGUUUCCUCCACCAACUCGUUUUCAUGCCACUGCACAGUGUGGAUCACGAAUUUAUGUUUGUGGUGGAGAAUAUCCCUUACUUGAGGUCCCUCAAUCUUCGAUGGGAACACUACGACACGACCUAAUGGAUCUUUUUGCUCUUAACCUUAUCGAUCUGCGAUGGGAACGACUGUCGUGCGCAUGGAAGCCGCAAGCCCGCUCACACCAUACGAUGACAGCGGUGAAUGAUAAUAUGUUAAUCGUCUUUGGUGGUAAACCGCUGCGAGAUGAGGUAACAUCAUAUGAAAUGCGGGAUAUGAUGGCAAAUGGAUUUUUUGCUGUCUAUAUUUUUGAUAUUGCUUCAAGUGUUUGGCGCGUCUUCUCGCAACCAUUACUUCCUAAAUUAUGGGGCCACACCGCACAAAUGCUUAAUAAUGAUGCCCUUGUUAUAUUUGGUGGAUUUGAAACAACUCUUGAAAUGGAUGAAAAGGGUGAAGAAGUUCCUACCAUUGCUGUUAACAAUCAUUUAUGGUUUUUAAACUCUAAAACGAUGGAAUGUUACCGCAGAGGUGAUGUGGUGAAUGCUCGCGUUAUGCACAAAUCGCAUAUUUGCGGUAAUAAUCUCUGUGUACUUGGUGGUUUUUCGGUAGAUGAAUCUACUCUUGAACUUGUUCUCCAGCGUGAUGCGAUGGAAAUAUCACUCUUAUCAUUUGAAACUCGUCCAAUGUCAUUUUGUCUAAAGCAUUGGCCCUUGGAACAUAUCGCUUCUGUUGUGUACAACCGCCAACUUAUUGUCAUGAAUAAGACAGAAGAUAUAUUUGUAUUACAAACUGAUGACGAUGAAAAUUGGAUACGUUAUCGUUGUGAUAUAAGAAGAAUUCGAACUCCGCCAUUUCUCAUUACUAGUGUUUUACAAAACCAACGUGAGAGGAGGGAGAAAAGCGGAAGGAUGAACUCACAAGAGGGUAGUAUGGUGGGACAACAGCAUUGGGUAAAGGAACCACCGCCAAAGCCCUCUGUUUCCCCAGUACUGUGGACAACGUUUCGGAAACUUGAAUACCCAGUAACGGGUCUAUCUUAG